UUUUCAUAAGAGGAAUUCUCAGCCAACUUUAACAAAAGAUGCAGGAUUCCCCCACAUCAAGACAUGAAUUCUGGGUGGGCCAACGAGUACAUUCAUCUGGUGAUUCACGGAGAAUUGGUACAGUUAAGUAUGUGGGGCCUGUAGAAGGCUAUUCAGAGACAUGGGUUGGAGUUGACUGGGACAAUGGAGAAGGAAAACAUGAUGGAUCAAUCAAUGGUGUCCGAUACUUUCACGCAAAAUCUGAAAGAUCAGGGUCAUUUGUUCGUCCCAAGAAUCUGAACCAAGGGAUUUCAUUGCUGGAAGCUCUUGAAAGUAGAUAUCGAAGUGACUCUACUAAAGAUGAAGAAGAUGAAAUGUAUGUCCUUUCAACAAGCAACAAGCGAGUAUCUGUUCAACUUUUGGGUAAAGAUAAAAUUCAUGAUAAGCUAAGUCGAUUUGAGGAGUUAACCAGUGCAUCAUUGUCAUAUAUGGGCGUUAGUUCCCCUGGAGUUCCAUGUGAUAUUAAGACUACAGUGCCAAAUAUAAAAGAACUGGACCUGACUGGGAACCUGCUUUCAGAGUGGAAGGAUGUUGGCACAAUUUGUGAACAGUUACCUGCUCUGGGGACUCUCAACUUAUCAAACAACUUAAUGUCACCAUAUAAGUCUGAGCUUCCAUUGCUGAAAAGCAUCCGUGUUCUGGUUUUAAAUAAUACUGGUGUAGAUUGGGAGCAGGUUGAACUGCUUGGACUAUCAUUGACAACAAUUGAAGAGCUACACAUUAUGGGAAACAAUAUUAGCAGAAUACUGCCUGUGUCAUCCUCGAUGGUUCAUGGAUUUGAUUCUCUGCGGCUGUUGAAUUUGGAAGAUAAUUGUAUAGCUGAAUGGAAUGAAAUCAUGAAGCUUUCUCAGCUAAGAUGUUUGGAGCAGCUUUAUUUGAACAAGAAUUGCUUGAAUUCUCUCUUUUAUCCUGAUGAUGGUUCGCAGCAUGAAUCGGAAGUUACAUGCUAUAAGCCCUUUCAAAAUUUGUGCUGCCUUCUUUUGGGUGAUAACAAUAUUUGUGAUCUGGCCUCUGUUGACUCAUUAAACUUGUUUCCUAAUUUGGUGGAUAUCAGGCUUUCUGAAAACCCAAUAACUGAUUCUAGAAGAGGUGGAGUUCCAAGAUUUGUUUUGAUUGCUCGUUUAGCAAAAGUUCAGAUAUUGAAUGGGAGUGAGGUUACCCGUCGUGAAAGGAAGGACUCUGAGAUUAGGUAUGUUCGGCUUGUGAUCUCAAGGUUGCAUGCUAGUCCUGAAGAAAUCAAACAGCAUCCCAGGUUUUCUGAGCUUAAGAAUUUUCAUGGAAUUGAGGAUGAAAAACCUUCAAUUGGAGCUAGUGGCCCACAAACAAUCAGCUCAGGAUUCUUGUCUAUCACUCUGAAGUGUGUCGGAGCAUCCAUGGGUGAGAAGUCACCAUUGACAAAGAAGUUGCCAGCAACAACUACAGUUGGUAAGCUGAAACUUCUCUGCGAAAGCUUUUUUAAGCUGAAGUUCAUGAAGCUAAAAUUGUUUCUUCAAGAAGAGGAGUAAAAUAUUAUUUUUGUACCGGGAUAAAAAACUGUUCCUUCAUGAUUGAAAGGUCAUGGGUUCGAAUCCAGGAAACAACUUCUUUGCAAUUAUGCAAGGAUAAGGCUGUGUACAAAUGAUUGUCUCCACCCCAUACUCGUUAGUCAGGUUUAACGGGGAGUAUUUUAGUAUUUUUUUAACCAGGAUAAAAAGAAUAUUGUUUCUUGAUUUAGUUGCAUACAUGUCUUUGAAUUUACAGAGCUCUCCAGUGCCCAUGCUGCUUGACAAUGACUCGUCAUCUCUUAUGGACGUUGGAGUUGGCAAUGAUUCAAUUAUCCUUGUAGACGAAGAAAGUUGAUAGAUAUAUCAGCAAAUUUGUGAAGAGCUUCUCUUGUUGAAGUCUGUAUCCUGUUCUGAUUAGUUGCAUUUAAUCAUGGAAGUAUGGCUUUAAAAUGAAUAUAUUUGUAAGUGGUACACCGGUUGAGUUGGUCACAAGAUUUUGUUCGGCAUCAUUUGAAGUUCUUAUUUUUGGGUUUUGAUGCAUGAAUUGGA